GACGAGCGGGCGUGCGGCGCGGCCGGAGGGGACGCGCGGCCAGGCCAGCCCGGCGGCCACCGCGAGAGACGACCCCCGGCACAGGCCUCGCCACAGGCUACUUUAAGAAAAAUGGCCUUAUCAGCCCAACAGAUACCCAGAUGGUUCAAAUCAAUUAAAUUGACCAGCCUCGUUACUACUACACAACUGGGACAGCGUUUUCAGGGACCGGGGAAGACAUUGUUGCAUGGCGUUUCUGCUCGGCCUCGGAGGUCCUCUGACAAUUGCUUUCUCCAAUGGGGAUUUAAGACUUACAGGACUUCCUCCUUAUGGAGUAGUUCCCAGUCUACCAACUGCAGCAGGCAGGGGAAUAAUUCUGCCCAAAGCACUCUGCUUCCUUCCGUGAGUGAGCAGAAGACACAAAGGAUACCCAACUUUGAUUCUGAGCUGUCUCUAGAAGGACUGGACGAGAUGCCUCCAUUGUCUCCAUUGCAGCCAGUUUCCGAGGAGGAGGCUAUCCAGAUAAUUGCAGACCCUCCAUUGCCCCCAGUUUCAUUCACUCUUCGAGACUAUGUGGAUCAUUCUGAGACUCUGCAGAAGUUAGUGCUUCUAGGAGUGGAUUUGGCCAAGAUAGAAAAACAUCCAGAUGCAGCCAACCUCCUCUUGAGACUGGAAUUUGAAAAAGACAUUAAGCAAAUACUCCUGUUUCUUAAAGAUUUGGGUAUAGAGGAUAACCAACUGGGAACAUUCCUGACUAAAAACUAUGCUAUUUUCUCUGAAGACCUUGAAAAUCUUAAGACCAGAGUGGCUUAUCUACAAUCAAAAAAUUUCGGUAAAGCAGAUAUUGCACAGAUGGUCAGAAAUGCACCAUUUUUGCUGAGUUUUUCAGUGGAAAGAUUGGAUAACAGAUUGGGAUUUUUUCAGAAAGAACUUGAACUUAGUGUGAAGAAGACUAGAGAUUUGGUAGUUCGUCUCCCAAGGCUGCUCACUGGAAGUCUGGAGCCCGUGAAAGAAAAUAUGAAGGUUUAUCGUCUUGAACUAGGUUUUAAACAUAAUGAAAUUCAACAUAUGAUCACCAAAAUCCCAAAGAUGUUAACUGCAAAUAAAAGGAAACUUACCGAGACUUUCGACUAUGUGCACAAUGUGAUGAACAUUCCCCACCACAUCAUUGUCAGGUUCCCACAGGUAUUUAAUACAAGGUUGUUUAAAGUCAAAGAAAGACAUUUGUUUCUUACCUAUUUAGGAAGAGCACAGUAUGAUCCAGCAAAACCUAACUACAUCUCUUUGGACAAACUGGUAUCUAUGCCUGAUGAAAUAUUUUGUGAAAAGAUUGCCAAAGCCUCAGUACGGGACUUUGAAAAAUUCUUAAAAACUCUUUAGUUUUUGAUGAAUGUUAAAAUGUAAUAAUGUAAAGUGAAUGUAAAUAUGAAUAAAUUUUUAAAUAAAUGCCUCAAGCCUCAA